CGUACACCCGAUCACAGCACCUAUAAAUAAACCCAAAAGCCAUGAGUCCAUUCUCUCAUUCCCAAACUUUGCUUAUUCAGAUUCUGUCUCUUCUGCUUCCGCUGAAGAAAGAAAAGAUAACUCUUCGCCUUCGCCGGAGAAAAACGUCGUUUUGGGUGUUCUUACACCGUCGAAAAGGAACUAAGCGCCGUCGUUUUAACCAUGUCUUCAUCAGCCAAGAAGAUCAUCCUCAAGAGCUCAGACGGUGAAUCGUUUGAGGUGGAAGAGGCGGUUGCGCUCCAGUCUCAGACGAUCAAGCACAUGAUUGAGGACGAUUGCGCUGAUAAUGGCAUUCCUUUGCCUAACGUUACCAGCAAGAUUCUUGCUAAGGUCAUCGAGUACUGCAGGAAGCAUGUUGAUUCCCCAAACCCCGAUGAGCGCGUCGCUGAUGACGAUCUCAAAUCUUGGGACGCCGAGUUCGUCAAGGUUGAUCAGGCCACGCUUUUCGACCUGAUUCUGUCUGCAAACUACCUGAACAUCAAGAAUCUGCUUGACUUGACAUGCCAAACUGUGGCUGAUAUGAUCAAGGGAAAGACCCCAGAGGAGAUCAGGAAGACAUUCAACAUCAAGAAUGAUUUCACUCCAGAGGAAGAGGAAGAGGUUCGCAGGGAGAACCAGUGGGCUUUUGAAUGACUUUUACAUAUAUCAAUAGCUAUUAUUUUGAAUGGAACAAUGUCUGAAAAUAUUUUCUAGUGGUGGGGGGUUCUUAGUUUUUAAUUUAGUCUUAGUUGGGUAGCCUUUUGUUCUCACUUUAAGUACUACUCUCUUCUUCUCUUUUAAGUUUCUCUCUGUUGUUUUGAGUUAUGAAACUCCUUUUGGGCCCUCCAGUUGUAAAGAAUUGCUGAAUACUGGUAUUAUGGUGGUGGUUUGUCAUGCUUAUCAAUUUAUGAAUUUAUGUUAUGAAACCUAGUUUUUUA